AUGGCUGCAGGCUUCGGCUUUUCAGUCGGCGACUUCAUCGCCUGUACAAAGGUAGCUAAAUCAAUAUUUCUAGCGUUUCGGGAGGGGACGGGUGCAAGUCCAACCUACCAACGGCUUGUUGCAGACCUGAACAGUCUCGUGCAUGGCCUGGAAGAAAUACGCUAUUUGCAGUUCGAUGAAUCACAGAAAUCCCAAAAGCUAGCGCUCGAGGAUGCUGCAAUACGAUGUCAACAGACUAUCGAGGUAUUCCUUCAGCAAAAUGCCAAAUUCAAGGCGUCACUUGGAAAGGAGAAGACGGCUUCCAAGUUCCGAACACGUCUGCAUAAAGUGGAAUGGGCUUUGUGUAUGAAGACAGAGGUAGAUACCCUGAGGACCGAAAUAUUGGGCCACACGACAAGCAUAAAUACUCUCUUAAUUACCUUGCAAUCCUCAAUGGCGGCGCUACAAACGAACGAAAUAAGAGACUUUGGUCGAGGCACGCUGGAACAAUCAGCUAUGAUGAUGAAAGAGACGCAGAGCCAGAUAGGACAGACGCACAACAUGCUUCGAGCACAAGCGGACACCAUCAGCAGGAUAUCAGACAUAUUAGAGCUUUCAGACACACAGCCCAAAGUCCGCGAUGUACGAUCAGUCAUGUUGGAAGCUUUCGACAUGAAUAUGAAAGUGUGCAGGAUGGCGCUUGAUCUACAAAAAUCACAAGCGCAAUCGCAGCAAGAAUACCAAGCGCCUUCCUUACCCCCGCAGAUAGAGCGUCAGCAUCCUGUGGAACUGGAAGAUGCACAUGGAAGAGUGACCCCUUUCCACGUUGAAUUUAUUAAUUCCUUUGAAGCCUUUCAGGCCGUAUUGGAAGCUCGAUUCCGCCACGUCCCUGGCUGGAAGAAGGUUAAGAACAUGGAAUAUGCCAUGAAAGAGUCCAGUUCUAAUCGCCGAUUAAAUUUCGAUGCGCCAUGGGACUCGGUGUUUUUGCCAGGAAGGACAGUGACUAUGAGCAUGGUAUUUUGGAUGCCACCCACGGCCAUGUUGAAAUGUCCGGGUUGCCAGUUGGAAAGUAAGGAGAGCGGAACCGGGUAUGAGGUCCAAUGGUAA